UAAUUUCAAGUUAUUGACUUACGUUCUUCUUAACAGAAAAACUCGUACAUAAAUGGAAAACAGCUCAAUUUAAUAAGUUAGUAGAAGAACGAAAACCGUAAUCAAUUAAUUACAGAAAAGCAAUAAAUCUCGCACUAAAUUAUGCGCGAAUUUUAACUUUCACCAAGACAAAUUUAAGGAAAUCCGAAACGACACCGCCAACCGUAUUGUAUUAACAAUUAUUUUUAACAAACCGAAUUAAAUGCGAAUAAUAAUGCUCUCCCAAAUAAGAGUUUCCGAUCUGUUGGGACACAUUUUUUCCGGCUUUAGGAGUAAAUAAUUUACACUGUUCACUUGCAAAACAGUUUUCUAAUGUCGGUAUGCGAAUGGGCAUAAUAUUUUAUGCUAUUCAGCUAUUUUACGUUGAGUUAGUUAACAGUUAGAAAGAGUUGGCGGAAAUCAAUCAUUAGUACUACGACAUCGAUGUUUCAGAAAAACUGGAGAUUUAUUAAAACAUUAAGCACCUCAUUAGAAAGAAUAUCCUGUCUCUGUUAACAAUAACAAAGUGAAACCAUAUCAUAAAGAUGUCGACACAAUGGCUACCAAAUGUUAUAACGCGUACAUUAACGCCCUUUGGGCAUUCACGCUGCUGUCAGCAACUCAAGGUUUGAGCGACAACCGCUGUUACUUAGAAAACGGCGCCUCAUCCGAAAACUUCUUCGUCUCCGAGAACAACUCCGUGGGCUCCAUCAUCGGGCAGAUCCGCGUCCAUGGCGACCCCCGUCCUGGCGGCACCAUCGCCCUCCACCUCAAAGAAACCGACAGUCCUGUGGCCAUCUCCCCCGGGACCAAAAACCUAACCCUCCGCCGCAAGCUCGACAAGGAGGGCGUCGAGGGCCCCUCCUCGGUCUUCGUCAACCUCAUCUGCGAGCGCCUGCACACCCUGGACCCCGGCUUCGUCAUCCCCGUCAACAUCCGCGUGACCGACGCGAACGACAACUCCCCCGUGUUCAUAAACGCUCCCUACGUGCUGAACAUCUCCGAAGUGACUGUGGUGGGGACGCGAGUGCUCCAGGGCGUCCACGCGGUGGACAACGACCAGCAAGGCCCCUUCAGCAGCGUCAAGUACUCGGUGCUUCCAGGCCCCCAUUCCGACUACUUCGAGUUCGAGAACGAGCUCGAGGGCACGCUGGUUUUGAAGAAACCGCUUGACUACGAAACUUUGAAGAGUUUCGAUGUUAAUAUCCGGGCCCAAGACCAUGGGGAGCCGCCCCGGAAGACAGACACUGUCUUGACAGUCCAUGUGGUGGACGCCGAUGACCAGAACCCGCGCUUCCUGGACGACAGGUACACGGCAAGUGUGCCAGAGCCCCCGAAGCGCGGCAGCCCCCUGGUCGCCAAGCCCAGGGAGAUCAAGGCUUUUGACCAGGAUCUCGGCAUCAACGCCCCCAUUUUUUACACAUUUAACGGCAUCGGGACCGAUUACACAUACUUUAAGAUCAAUCGGAAUUCCGGAAAAGUCACCCUUUCGCGUGAUUUGAACGACAGUGACUUGCAACACCCGGCCACUUUGGUCAUUAGGGCCACUCAGCAGGAUAACCCCGACCGUUACGCUUUGGCCACGUUGACCGUCUCGAGAGAGGUGGGCAAUGGGAUUAGGUUUUUGCAUCGGAUUUUUUACAUCAAAGUCCCGGAAUCUACUCCUGUCGGAGCGACUAUUUCCACGUUUACUAACAAUAGGCCGAACCAGCAUUUGCGCUAUUUUGUGUCGGAUCAGAACGUUCUCAAAACGUUCGCGAUUAAUACGAAAGGGGAACUUUCGCUGAAGAAAAAGCUGGAUUUUGAAGACAAGGCCGAGUAUUUUUUUAAAGUGUUUGCCACGGAUGGGAUAACGAACGACUCCAGCGUCGUGAACGUCACCGUCCAGGACGUAAACGAGUGGGAGCCCCGCUUCCGCUACCCUCACUACGAGUUCUUCGUCACGGGCCAACCCAACGAGCUAAUCGGCCGCAUCGAAGCCGCCGACGGCGACAAAAACGACAAACUCACCCUAACCCUAACCGGAGUAAACGCCUCCAACUUCUUCAUCACCCCUUCCGGAGAGUUACGACUCCGUGAAGCCGGACCCCACUCUGGCGUGGCCAACUUGGCGGUCGUAGCCACCGACAGCGGGAACCCCCCACGAAGGGCCAGCGUCCCGGUAACGGUGCAUUUUCCCGACUCGGGAGACGCCGCCGGAAUCAUAUCCUCGAGGGGCAACAAUGGGGCCCCUCUGCUCCUGGCCGGACUUGGUGCAAUUCUCCUGCUUUUGGCCUUCGUGAUAGCGCUGCUGGUGGCUUACAUUUGCAAAGCGAAGAGGAAUCCGCGGCAGGAGUUGCCGACACUGCAGCCGGAGAAGGCGCAAGGCACGCCUGCGGUGGCUGAAAGGAUGAGCAAUCCCAUGUUUGGGGACAGGGUUAAGUCGCCCAUGGCGACUGCUAUGGGGGGCAUUCCGAGCGAUUUGGUCAAGUCGAGGAUUCCAAGUCCGAAAGUGCAUCCAGCACCACAGCCGCCAGCGUGGCCAUCUUCCACAUCGUCGACCAGAACUAAGAAGCUGAGUUGGGGAGAUGACAAGACUGACUCGGAUAGUACAGACAAUAUCAACAACAUUGAUACAACGCCAAAACUUAUAGAUAAUUCUAAUUUAACUGUUUAUUUCUGAUACAAGUUAACCAGUUAGUAGGUUUUGUAAAAAUAAUAAACAAUUUUAGAAAUAAAAUCUAACAAAUAAUAAAUAA